AUGUUUCCAUCAGCUGCAAAUAUCUCUUCGGCAGAACGGCCAAAAAAUGCCGUUUCUGAUCUCGGCAGUUGGCUUCAGAGCUCAUCAUAUCGACCAUCAGCAUCAACCGUUCCUUCUUUGGGGAAAGUUAAGUGCAAGAAAAAACGCAAACUUAGCGAGUCCCAAAAGACGCAGCACAGUCCCAUUUCGUCCCCACAAGAAGGACGGCCAUUCAAUGCAAUUGAUCUGUACAGCAUCGACACAAGCUCUAACCGAAACAUCUACAAGUAUGGAUCCAUCUACGAGGGCGAUGUGGCGAAAUUCCGGCAAAAUGAGUGCGUGCCUAUUAUUGGUUCCCGUGGAACCCUCCGUCUUUUAGAUCUCAAUCCGGAGGCUGUUAAAGAGGAGAUUAAAAGAAAUCGGCGAAAGCGAUACUUUAGUAAAAAAAAUCGGAUUCGCCUGGCUGUGCCUGGUGCUCCAAUUGAAACUGCCAAGGAGGAUGCAAUUGACGUUCCCAAGCCCUAUAUUUCGCUUCAAUGGGGAUCCCCAGCCUCGUUGUCGGAAGAUCCAAAGUCUGAGAGAACUCCUAGCCUUCAGAGGAUCGCUGACUUGAAUCGCACGGUAUACGAGACCCCAGGCAGUGUUAGAACCUGGCUCGAGUUAGUUGAGGUUCAGCUGCUAAACAAUGACGUUGAACAGGAUCAGGGACCUUCUGAUCGACAUCGUUUGGUUCUCCUUGAAAGACAGAUUGCUAUAGUGGAGCGCGCUAUAGCUGCGAACUCGGGGAACCUGCGUUUGCGCAUAUUAUUGACGGCUCUACGCGAGUAUACGACUGAGCUUAUCGCGAGCGGAGUGCGUCCCUCUUCUUCUUCUGCACUUGAGAGCCUGCAGUACAAGGAUCAAGUGGCCAGAGAGUGGUCGCAACUGGUCUUCACAUGUCCUCAGUUUGUUUGCGUUUGGCGCGGUUACUUGGCUCAUCUGCGGGGGCGUUUUGGGCUCUUCAGUGUUAGUGUAGACACCGGUCCUACGAGUGCAUUCGGACGUAUUGAUGCCGUGUACAGGAGGGCACUGACAACCCUUUCUGGGAUUGUUUCCGGGCGUAUACUUUCACACAAACCCAGCGAAGACACUGCCGAUCAAACCGUUGACCUCCUCGCGGAGUACUGUCAGUGGUUGGCACAGACCGGCUUUACCGAGCGUGCCUUCUCAAUUUGGCAAGCGGUCGUGGAAUUCGUUUGUUAUUGCCCUUCCCGCCUCCAAUCAAAGCACGGCACCACACUCUCUGAAAGACAGCGUGAGUUUGAGCGAUUCUGGACUUCGGAAAACACUAGGCCCCUUUUCGGGGUACCUGGAGCAAGGGGCUGGGCUCGUUGGUAUUCCGGGGAAGAAAAGACUGACGUACCAAAGGGCGCCUCAACCACCACCAAUAAUACACCAAUUGCUGAAAUAGAUGAGGAAUGGGGUUCUGUUUCUCCAAGCUCCACUGCAAGAUGGGGCCAAAUCACAAGGGAAUGGAAUGCCGUCAGUGAAACUGCAGAGGACGCCUUACUAAACUUCAAUAAUUCUCAUGGCGAUAACACCGAAAGUUCGGAUGGUGCCGCAAAUCUGAGCUUUAAGGGUUACCAAUCGGGUGACGGCAGCCUCACCAACCGCCUGUCACGUGGCCUUGCCUGGCUCGGUCUUGAGCGUGCCCGCGAAUCCGCGGGUUGGUUGCCUGCCGGCGCAACACUACUGGACACUUCGAUGACUGAGGAUGCAGACAGGCAACCCCGAUUUGAGGAUAUUGAGCCUUGUCUCCUAGAGGUACACUUAGAUCAGACAGUAUCAGAUCAGGCUGUGCUAGAUAGACGACGGCAACGCCUUGUGCUACUCUUUCUCGAGUUUUUGGGCAUUUGGGAUGCCGAUGUUGCCGUGGAGUACAAGCUACCUGCAGACCUACAGCAAGUACACGAACUCUCAUCUGUGAGUUGUUUGCAACGUCAGGGUAUAAACCCACGCCAAUUCGGAUUCCCAUGGCUUCGUUCGAGCCUCGAAGCCGGCAGUGCAAGCUCUAAUGUUAGUUCAAGAAUGCGUGUGGUUCUUGCUGGAUCUUCCCUCGAGCAGGCUUCACGUCUCUUUGUUGGCGACUGCACCUGGCAAUCAACAAUUGGACGAUUGAAGUUCUGCCAUCUUGCCUCUUCUAUUGAACGGGCAUUGGUGACCAAACAGAUCACUCCUAAGGCUGCACUUGGGCUUUGGAGGAAGAAAGCUAGAAACUUGUUGUCGGCCUCGAACCACGCUCAAAGUGACCUGAGUCUGUGGUUGGCAUAUGCUAAAGGGCUUGUGCGAACGGCUUGUGCCACGCCAGACGAUAGUUCGCUCUUAUUUACUGAAGCACGUAAGGUAUUCACGUCCACGCUACGCAUGUACCCCGUGCCGGCGCAUUCGAGUGCUUCGACAGAGACGACCUUAGAACACCAACUGAACCUGCUAUUGCCGCGUUUACAAAUUCUUCAUGCCUUUCUUGAAUUUGAACUGGGUGUGAACUUUCCUAUUGACCUUGUCCGGGCCUCGUGCUGCCAGGGCCGCUUCAGUCGCGCACUGCACCUCGUUCGACACGCAGCAGCGGGCGGUGCCUUCGUCCCGCUGGCGGACGACGAGCACCAAACCAUUCAGCGCGAGUCUCUCGCCGAAAUUGGCAACCAGCUUGCUCAACGCCUCGAGACACUGCGGUCCUCGGUUGCUUUUAGAGCUCACUCUCGGCUAACACAGCAUUCGAUAGCCAACCUGGCUGGUAUUUUGAGUUCUCUGCUUCUGCAUCUUCAACUGCUGACAUUGGACGAAAAUAAAAUGAAACCGGUUUGCGAAGUAAUCUUUCCGGUUCUUCGCGACGUCGACGGUGCUUUUGCUUCCUCGGCUAAGUGUUCUUGGUGGUCCUCCGACAAAACCUGUGUCCCGGCUGGUUGCGCAUCGCGUCGCUUCAUCCGACUGGCUCUGCCCAGUAUCACCAGCGUAAGCCUUCUGUGUCAACGCAAUCGAAGCUCAAUGACCGAGGCAUUCAUUGCACUGCUUGGUGAAUUUUACGCUGUUGACGAGAUGCCUCUCUUUACCUCCCCCUUCGAAUGGACCCACUUACUCCCCUUCAAAGUGGCUGCCAACUGUGGGGCUCACGUCUCAAGGACCUGCUCAAUUGAAUAUCAGCGUAGUCUUCAAGGCCUUCUCCCACCCCUUGUCUUGUCCUCUUUGGAGUCUCGAUUUUCCGAAUGUGUCCGUGGUGUUUGUCAGCGUGUGGCUAACCACCUUACCGCAACAUGUCAUCGCACUACAAUGGGACGGCGGAAACAGUUAGAGGAGGUGGACGAACUGGACAAUGAUCCUAGCUGUCUUCUCGGUCUUGCGUCUAGUCAACAGAGCGAAUUGUUGGCUCGAGUUCUGCCCUCCUGUUCUGACCUGCUCUGUGUGGGUCUGGAGCUGGAACACUGGACGAGCUUAGUGGCCGGUGCCUCCGACACCAACACUUCCGACCCUCUAUCGCACUGUUGGAUACAGAGCGCUGUUCCACGCAUUCGCUGCGCCUUCGAAAAGGCUCUCUCUGCGUCGGCCAUGAACCCACUAGUUCGAUUCGGCAGUGGAAUGCCGAGCCUUGUGCUGACAAUGAGCCCGUCUGUCUGGGCGGACCAUCUGCGCAUCGUCCUGUGGUCGGCCUACAUGGCGUUCGAGUGGACGGUGGCCGGCGGUGCAGCCUCCUCUCUGGAGCCGGGCAAUUCGUCCUUGAUUGGCGACUUUAACGCCCACCGGAAACAACGGACCGCCUUCAAGGCGAUCUUCUACCGCGCAGUUGAGGACCUACCCUGGGCCAAGAUUCUCUACACAGACCUGGCUCGUUACUGCCCGGAGGAUGCCGAGGAGGUGGUUGAUCUUCUGACAUCAAGAGAGCUACGACUUCGCACACCCAUGGAGGAGGUUGAUCUACUCCUUACCUCUAGACAACCCUGA